UCGGUUCGGAGAAUCCGUUAACCCACAAUUGUUUUUUUAAAAGGCGACCUUUCCAAUACUUUCCAGAAUUGACCACGUUGGCUGGUUGUCGACGGCGCUCACUUAUUUAAACCCCAAACCAACUCUCCCACGACUUCCCUUCCCUUUUUCCCUUUCUCUCCACCAGAAAAUUCUGAUCUCAAAAGCUAAAUUAUUAAUUUAAAUCAUAAUCAACAUCAAUGGCAUCGUCAGCGCAAUUAAUGGGAGGGGGGAGUGUUGGCGGCGGCGGUCCCCGUUACGUACAAAUGCAAUCAGAGCCAUCAACACCGUUACAACCACCAUCAUCCUCAAUCAUAUCUUCCUUCUUCUCUUUCCGUCAAGGUUCGACACCGGAAUCCGGCCGGAUUUUUGAUGAAUUACCACAAGCUACUAUUGUAUCCGUCUCUCGACCCGACCCCAGCGAUAUUAGUCCUGUUCAAUUAUCUUAUACAAUCGAAGUUCAAUAUAAGCAGUUCAAGUGGAGAUUAUUGAAGAAAGCGGCACAAGUGUUUUAUUUACAUUUUGCAUUGAAGAAACGGGUGUUUUUCGAGGAAAUUCUUGAGAAGCAAGAGCAGGUUAAAGAAUGGCUUCAAAAUCUAGGAAUAGGAGAUCAUACACCAAUGGUUAAUGAUGAUGAUGAUGCUGACGAUGAGACCAUUCCAUUGCAUCAUGAUGAGAGUGCCAAAAACAGAGAUGUUCCAUCAAGUGCUGCUUUACCAGUUAUCCGUCCAGCGUUGGGAAGACAGAAUUCAAUGUCGGACCGUGCAAAGGUUACAAUGCAACAAUAUUUGAACCACUUUUUAGGGAACAUGGAUAUUGUGAACUCCCGAGAGGUUUGCAAGUUUUUGGAGGUCUCUAAGCUGUCAUUUUCACCAGAAUAUGGCCCUAAGCUGAAAGAAGAAUAUGUUAUGGUGAAGCAUCUACCACGAAUAGUGAAGGAUGAUGAUUCCAGGAAAUGUUGUGCUUGCAGUUGGUUUAGUUGCUGUAAUGACAACUGGCAGAAGGUGUGGGCUGUUUUGAAACCAGGAUUCUUGGCGCUGCUGGCUGAUCCUUUUGAUACCAAGCUUUUGGAUAUAAUUGUUUUUGAUGUAUUACCUGCUUCAGAUGGAAGUGGUGAAGGCCGAGUGUCAUUAGCAGUGGAAAUAAAGGAGCGGAAUCCUUUACGACAUGGUUUUAAGGUUGCAUGUGGAAACAGAAGCAUAGACUUGAGAUCUAAAAAUGGUGCUAGAGUUAAAGAUUGGGUUGCUGCAAUUAAUGAUGCUGGACUUAGGCCUCCUGAGGGUUGGUGUCAUCCUCAUCGUUUUGCCUCUUUUGCUCCUCCUAGAGGUUUGUCUGAAGAUGGUAGUCAGGCCCAGUGGUUUGUAGAUGGUAGGGCAGCUUUUGAAGCCAUUGCUUUAUCAAUUGAGGAUGCUAAAUCUGAGAUAUUUAUUUGUGGCUGGUGGCUGUGCCCAGAGCUUUAUCUACGACGUCCUUUUUGUGCUCAUGCCUCCUCUAGACUUGAUUCUUUGCUGGAAGCCAAAGCUAAACAAGGGGUUCAGAUAUAUAUUCUUCUCUAUAAAGAGGUGGCUCUUGCUCUGAAAAUCAAUAGUGUCUAUAGCAAGACAAAGCUUCUUAGUAUCCAUGAGAAUGUGAGAGUGCUGCGCUACCCUGACCACUUUUCUACAGGUGUUUACCUUUGGUCCCACCAUGAAAAGCUUGUCAUUGUUGAUCACCAGAUUUGCUUUAUUGGAGGACUGGACUUGUGCUUUGGUCGUUAUGACACUUGUGAACACAGAGUGGGUGACUGCCCUCCUCAAGUAUGGCCAGGAAAGGAUUAUUAUAAUCCAAGGGAAUCUGAACCAAAUUCAUGGGAAGAUAUGAUGAAAGAUGAACUGGAUCGUGGCAAAUAUCCUCGCAUGCCUUGGCAUGAUGUCCAUUGUGCUCUUUGGGGACCACCUUGCCGUGAUGUAGCUAGGCACUUUGUACAGCGUUGGAACUAUGCCAAGAGAAGUAAAGCUCCAUAUGAGGAAGCUAUUCCACUACUUAUGCCUCAGCAGCACAUGGUUAUUCCACACUAUAUGGGGCAAAACAGAGAGAUGGAAGUUGAAAGAAAGGGUAUCAAAGAUGAUGUGAAAGGAAUCAAACGGCAAGAUUCAUUUUCAUCUAGAUCAUCUUUACAAGACAUCCCUCUUCUUUUGCCUCAGGAAGCUGAGGGGCCUGAUGGUUCUGGUGUAGGUCCAAAAUUAAACGGGUUGGACUCUACCCCUGGCAGAAGCCUUCCACAUGCUUUUUGGAAAUCCAAAAUUGAAUUGGUUGUUCCAGAUAUGCCAAUGACAAGCUUCGUAGAUAACAAUGGCUCAGAUCUUCAUGUGAAAAUGUCACCAGAUUUAUUGGCGCAGCCUGGCACCAAAGCUUCGGACUUGGAGUGGUGGGAAACACAAGAAAGGGUUGAUCAGGUUGGUUCUGCGGAUGAAAGUGGCCAAGUUGGUCCUCGUGUUUCUUGUCAUUGUCAGGUCAUAAGGAGUGUGAGUCAGUGGUCUGCUGGAACAAGCCAAAUUGAAGAGAGUAUUCACUGUGCUUAUUGUUCUCUUAUUGAGAAAGCAGAGCACUUUGUCUACAUCGAGAAUCAAUUUCUUAUAUCAGGUCUUUCAGGAGAUGAUAUUAUACGGAAUCGUGUGUUAGAAGCUUUGUAUCGGCGUAUUAUGCGAGCAUUUAAUGAUAAGAAAUGUUUCAGGGUCAUAAUUGUCAUACCACUGCUUCCAGGUUUCCAGGGUGGUGUAGAUGAUGGUGGUGCAGCAUCUGUCAGAGCCAUAAUGCAUUGGCAAUAUCGAACUAUUUGCAGAGGACAGAAUUCAAUAUUGCAUAAUCUUUAUGAUCAUCUUGGUCCCAAGACACAUGAUUACAUUUCUUUCUAUGGCCUUAGAUCUUAUGGUCGACUUUUUGAUGGUGGUCCUGUGGCCACUAGUCAGGUGUAUGUCCAUAGUAAAAUCAUGAUAAUAGAUGACCGUACAACCUUGAUUGGAUCAGCCAAUAUCAAUGACAGGAGUCUGCUUGGGUCACGAGAUUCUGAGAUUGGGGUACUUAUUGAAGACAAAGAGUUAGUGGACUCGUUAAUGGGAGGGAAGCCUCGGAAAGCUGGAAAAUUUACUCUUAGUCUUCGCCUUUCAUUGUGGUCUGAACACCUUGGUCUUCAUUCCAAAGCGAUCAAUAAAGUAAUUGACCCAGUAAUUGAUUCAACUUACAAAGACAUAUGGAUGUCAACUGCAAAGACAAAUACCAUGAUCUACCAGGAUGUCUUCUCUUGCGUGCCUAAUGAUCUUAUACAUACCAGGUAUGAUACUUCACUUAUCAUCUCCCCCACCAUGCUCUCUAAUUGGGUGCGUGCACGCGCGCUAACUGAUUGCUUUCUGUCCCCGACCACCCGCAGAGCUGCGCUCAGACAAAGUAUGGUGUCCCGGAAGGAUAGGCUUGGUCACACCACCAUCGAUUUAGGGAUAGCCCCCCAAAAGCUUGAAUCUUACCAAAAUGGAGACAUAAAAAACACCGAUCCACUGGAGAGAUUACAGUCGACGCGAGGACAUCUUGUUUCUUUCCCUUUGGAGUUCAUGUGCAAGGAAGACUUAAGACCUGUGUUUAAUGAGAGCGAGUAUUAUGCAUCCCAAGUUUUUCAUUAAGAGUAGAGGGUCGGUCCGUUCCAAGUCCCAGUCUUUUUCUUUGCUGGGUCACUGGUUACUGGUUUUCGAACCAGUGAUGAUUACUGAUAAUGUCAUCAGCCAUUGUUUUAUAGCGUUCAAAUCAAUUCGUAAAAAGAAUCCUUAAUCUUUUU